AUGAGUCUCCUUUAAAAAGGCAGCUUCAUUGGAGGAGGCUAGGUGUCUUGUCCUUUCUUCCCUGAACGAGUUGGCCUAUUUUUUUGUGAGUUUAUCAGUUAUCAGAACCAGUGUCCCCAUAUUUAAAUAAAAUUAAGCCUUGCCAUUUUUGGUGGAGACUGGGGCAAAGGGCGUGGCCACUGAAUUUCAAAGUGGAUAAACAGAAAAGCAAUAUUAAAAGAAUGAGGAGGUUGUUUAGUGAGGCUUGAAAGGAGGACAGGUGUUUCCUCCCAUGUUAAGAGUCAGUGACCCCUGGGAAUCACGUUUCCGUUGCUUAAGGCGGGCUAAGUCCUGCCAAUGCCCGCUGGUGUAAACCCCAGAUAAGCACCAGAGAAAGCCUAGCAUUUUCCAGAGUGUCCUUCUGGACCCUCAUUGUGUGAGGAGAUCCAAGGCUUAAUACAGUGCCCACGUUAUUUGCACAUACACACACACACACACACACACACACACACACACACACACACACACACACUCUACAGCUGUGUGCCAAUGGUCCCGGCCUUUCUGUGCUGUGUGGUCGUCAGUCUCAGCUGGCUGGCUCUGUGUGUGAAGCACUCUGCAGCCGGUGGCCCUCAGAGGAUGCACACAGUGGGGUGACGGCCGUGCUGCUAUCGCAAAAGUGCACUCGUGCCUGAGGUGGGAGGAUGUGAUGACGCACCGCUGCGCCGCGGGAACUCAGGCCUUUAAAAAGCUGAGGACACAGCCCCCAGCAAGCAGUGGUUCCACUGGAGGAAAGCAUACCCAGGCUCACAUUCAAGAAGCCAAACUGUCUGCUUCAAAGAGAAAAGGCAACAUCCUGUCACAGGCCAUGCUCUGGCAAAAACCCACAGCCCCGGAGCAAGCCCCAGCCCCACCUCGGCCCUAUCAGGGUGUCCGCGUGAAGGAGCCUGUGAAGGAGCUGCUGCGGAGGAAGCGUGGCCACGCCAGCAGCGGGGCGGCUGUUGCACCAACUGCGGUGGUGCUGCCCCAUCAACCCCUGGCGACCUACACCACAGUGGGUCCUUCCUGCCUUGACAUGGAGGUCUCUGCUUCCACAGUGACAGAGGAGGGGGCUCUGUGUGCCAGCUGGCUCUCCCAACCUGCCCCGGCCACCCUCCAGCCCUUGACCCCCUGGACGCCCUACACUGAGUAUGUGUCCCACGAAGCUGUCAGCUGCCCCUACUCAGCCGACAUGUAUGUACAGCCUGUGUGCCCCAGCUACACGGUGGUGGGGCCCUCGUCAGUGCUGACCUACGCCUCCCCACCACUCAUCACUAAUGUCACGACAAGAAGCGCUGCCACGCCCACCGUGGGGCCUCAGCUGGAGGGUCCGGAGCACCAGGCGCCCCUCACUUACUUCCCAUGGCCUCAGCCCCUCUCCACGCUGCCUCCCUCUACCCUGCAAUACCAGCCUCCAGCCCCGGCCUUGCCUGGACCCCAGUUUGUCCAGCUGCCCAUCUCUCUCCCUGAGCCAGUCCUUCAGGACAUGGAUGACCCCAGGAGGGCCAUCAGUUCCCUGACCAUCGACAAGCUGCUUUUGGAGGAAGAGGAUAGCAACGGCUACGAGCUCAACCACACCCUCUCCGUGGAAGGCUUCUAGGGCUGGCUUCAACCCGAAAGCCCUGUGCCCUGGGAUUUGAAAAUGCGCCUGGGCUUUGAGCCUAGAUUCGUAUCUUUUCACACAAAGUUAGAAUUGCACCCUCCCUGUGUCUUCCCCUCUUUUUCCUUCCUCUUUCCCCUCCUUCUCUGCCUUCUUUCCCUUUCUUUUUUCCCCCCUCUAGGGAUAUUGGAAUCGUAUUUUAUGGUACAAAGCCCCUGGUCUCUGGCCCAGACAGUCCCGCUUCCUGUCCAGGGUUAUUCCCUGGAGAGCCCCCCUCUCCUGUGUUCACUGCUGCUGUAGUGACAGCACACUGCGCUUGUCCAAGGGCCAGCUAUACCUUCUGUCGUCUUGAGGUGUAUGAGGAGCCUGCAGGGAGCCCAGCCCUUGGCACCUCCCAGGUGAGGCAAGCAGGGGAAGCCCAGAUGCCAGCCCUCGAGCCGUCAGUUCCCACAGUUGCUCUUUUGUUUGCUGUUCUCAGCCUUGGCCGGAUUUAGGGUCGAUCGAGGCAGUGAAGGCUCCAGGGCUGGGCUCAGCAGAGUGACAGGGAGGGGUAGGAUGGGAACAGCAGGGUGGGUAGGCUGCGCCCAGGAAGGAUGGCACAGAGUAGGGAUGGGAACACAUGCAUGCGUGUCUGCAGCUGAGGAAGGGGAAGACAGGAGUGUUUGGGUUUUAUGGAAAGAGGAGCAAGGCAGAGCAGUGAUUAGGUUACCUGGUUACCACGAAGGACAGUAAACUUGGGGGAACAUUGCUUUAAAAGCUGGGUUUGGAGCUGUUGAGGAUACUUGCAAGGAAAGCUGAGCUGCGGUAAAGAGGUGAAGUGUUUGAGUGAUGCAUCUGACUGUUUUUGUCCUUCUCCAGCUGUUCUGCCUGGACUCCCUGAAGUCCAGCAGUAAGGGGGUCUUUGCUUAGUGUGGUUAUGUGGCUUCAAAAGAAAUCUUAAAUCGCCCAAAGCCACAAGUAUAGGGAGCCAAGGCUUCCCCAUCCAGGCCCUGUCCUCAGCCAGAAGCACCCUUAGAUUUCAUUUAAAAUUUUAUUUUACCUUCUUCUCCCUGAAGAAGCAUCCUUUUGGCAGGAGGUCAAACCUGGCUGUGGCCAGAGCUCCUGACAGUGGAUGUGUGCCUUGGGUGCGGAUGCACUGUCUGCAGUGGACACUACUGUGACCGUUAGGCAGACUUUUAGUCAGCGGCAUCCACACAGGAGUGGUGGCUUUUCUGGGAAAUAAUUUCUUUGAUAUAUUUCCUUUGUCAUUUUGGAUUAAAAAUGCUGGAGAAAGUUGCUAUUUUUGGACUUUCCCCCCUGCUUUGGGUUUAUUUUGGCCCCCAUUUCUCAGUAUCUUCCUAAAAUCCCAGUACACACCUUGAAUUAUUUUUAUUCAAAUGUAAUGUUUAGAUUUAGAAGCUUAAGACGUCAUUUUGGAUGAUAAAUGUACAUCUCAGUAGUGAUGGCGAACAAACAAAAAAGUGAGGAGAUCUCAGUCUGUUUGGUGAGAGCUUUAGUUUCCCCAAAAAUCUCUGUGCAAAAAUUUCCACCUAUUAGAUGAUAUGGAAAGAUGCAGAAGUGACCUCCACAAUGGGUUAAGCUUGGUAAAAACCAGCAAGGAAAUAAGGUGUUUUACAUGUUAGCCAGGACUGAAAUAGUAUCUUUCUCCCUUCUUAAAACUCACUGCCUUGGUAGUAGUGAUCAAUCUAGGUUUUUUCCUGGGUUAUUCUGCAAAGAUGAAAAUAUUUCAAUAAAGAUUUAUGGAGA